ACAUCCUCUCAUUUUUUGUGGACACAAAAACACUUCGCAGCCAUUGGCUGUUUGGAUGAAACAAUGAAGAUCCGGCCACCAUCGUUUUUGCUGUUGUUCCUAUCACUAAUACUACCAUGGCCUACUACAUUUGCGUUUGCGUCCCCUUGGUGGCCCAGUCGAAAUUGGAUAGGAAGAAUAAGAAGCAGCUUGCAUUUGUCCAGCAAAGAUGUUGAGAACCCGUCCACAGGAGGAGAAGUUGUGGGUGCGGCUGGGCGCAUCGGGUCCCUCUUUUCCGCCACAAUCGACGGUACAUGUACAUGUACUACUACUAGAGCCGUCCCAAGAGGAGUAGCUCCCGGAUGUUUGUCACCGGCAGGGACACCCAUUUUUGUCGCCACGGCCGCCCAGGAAUGGCCUAGUAUUCUCAAUGCGACUCUACCACAUCGACGGAAAGAUUUGGUGUGGAUUGGCAAUGGAUUGCCACCUAACAGCGAUUGUACGAUUGUCGUGCCGCACUUUGGAGUUUUGGAAACCCAUGCCGAUCCUGUCACUUCCGACGAAUCGCCACCCACCUAUCUCUAUGGAACACAUGCGGCCACGGUCGAAACCAUCUUGCGUCGUCGAGGCAUUCAGCAGAUCGAACACGUGUCUUGUCAUGCCACUAUAGUGUCCAAGGCAGCACAAAAGUUACUCUGGGCGGCUACAAUGUGGUUGCUUUGUCAUGACAACAACAGUAACAACAACAGCGGACCACUGACGGCACUCCAAGUCCAUACAGAGCGAGCUCAAGACUUGGAACUGCUCGUCACAAAAGAACUUCUUCCAGCCUUGCAAGUACAACUCAACGACACCACAACAACCACAACCAAACAACAAGUGCUCGACUAUCUGUAUCGAUAUUCCAAAUCCAUGCCGACGGCCAUUCCAAAUCUACAACUGGCACGGCAAGAAUGGAAACAGAGAAAUGCAUUCUUCUUGCCAGUAAGAAAUCAAGUACCGCAACCAAGGCAUGAAGCUCUAUUGCAAACUGUUGGAGGUAUUGAUUCAAGAGAAAUUGAAGCAUGCGGUAAGGAACAAGAAAUGGAAGAAACGACAUCCCAAAGACGACAAUCCAUCCAGGUGCCAUCGCUGGGAUUCACCUUCUUGGCAACACCAUCCAACACCAAUACCAGGCAACACGAAAGGAAACCAGUCAAGACUGCCAUUGUCAUUGGUGGAGGGAUACUAGGGACCAGUGUCGCCUUGCAGUUGGCACGACAAGGGGAACAAGUCACCGUCGUCGAUGCUUGUGGCCGCAAUACUACUACUACUAAUGGUCUCACGACACCGGCAUCGUGGGCGUGGCUCAAUGCCAAUGACAAGUCACCGCCGGCAUAUGCAUUCCUGAAUCAUCUGGGGAUGGACGGAUGGAGACGGGAUCCACUACUGAAACAACAUCCCAUUUGGUGUGGGUCGUUGGUGCGACAGUCACAACCCAAGCCGCCACAACCGGGAUAUCGACAUCAGGGACCAUUGGACUCUAAAACAAUUCACGAAUUGGAACCAUUGGCUAACUUUGAGGAUCAAGAUCAAGACGACGACAAACAGCCCUAUGUAUACUAUUACCCAGAGGAAGGACUGGUCGAUCCAUCCGUCGCAGUGAAAGUCAUGCGAGAAGAGGCGGUGCGCUUGGGAGCGACGUUCCUUUCCGGUCAAAAUGUGACGGGUGUCGUACGAGACAACAAUGAGGUUGUAAACGGGAUUAUCUAUACUGCCGUAGAUGGCGAUCCUGCAUCACCAGAAGAAAAGACAAUGAUGGCAGAUGUUGUUGUAUUGGCAGCAGGCAUCGGCAGUGCCAGGUUGGGACACCUUCCCAUGCUGCAUCGGCCUGGGCAAAUCGCAUUUGUUCGUCCAGCAGCAAAACAACAACCAUCUAGUAGCGGAAGAGUCCUACAGCGUAUUCUGGUCGAUACCGUGCGGGAGUCUCAUGUACUGCAACGAAACGAGCGAAGCAUGGUCGUUGGUGGAGGUGAGUUGGAGGUUGGCGGCGAUGGGGCCGCCAGUCAAACGCAAGAGCAACGACCAACAGAUACGCGGUCUACAAACCUGCUUUCGUCAGCCGAACAACUCGUCCCGGGAGUUUUGGGAGACUUGUAUCGCACUGAGAGUGCCGUGCGCCCCAUCCCGCUUGAUGGUCUCCCUUCCGUUGGCUUUCUGGAACCUGGCUUUUACUGUGUUGUGACCCACUCGGGCGUGACAUUGGCACCCAUUUUGGGCGCCAUGGUUGCCACCGAGUUAUCCAAAGGGGUGGAUCUUGAUACUCUAGAACCGUUCCGUCCGAAUCGGUUCUUUGGUGCAAGAUGACGGUAAUAAUCUACCUGCCGGUAUCAAAGCUACCAUGACCUAGCUCCCAGAUUUGCUGCACGCCUUUUCAAGAAGUUUGAGGCAACCAAAGGUCCUCGCUGAUUGAAGCAUCGAGUCUGCAUACUCGUUUUUCUGAGCAACAUUCCUUCGUUGUCCACGCCUCAUCAACAAGCAACAGCUGUGUCGCUGGUUGAGUUGCUGCAAAUCCAAGGUUGCCUAGCUAGUUAGUUGUGACUAAACAGGGUUCUAAGCCUGGGCAGAAGAAAGGAAGAGGAUUUCCAAUUGCAUAAACUACAAGUCAGGGAAACACAGCAGCAACGGACAACAAAAGAGGGGGAAAGCAAAGCAGAUAAGAAGUAAAGAAAUUAGAAGUAAUCUCCUGGUUCAGCCAACUCAAGUCCCCAGUGGACAAGCCAUCAAAACCGCACAGAUCCUUGGCUGCUGCUCCCUGCACAUUGGAUUCACCAAGGUGGCGGCAUCCAGAGGGUGUGACUUGUGGCAGUUGGCACGUUUGUAGGAAUUGCGAUGUCGACAAGACAUGAAUACACAACAUGUACCGGUACCGGUAGUUGUCUAUAGAGUAAAAUUGUUGGCAUUGCCCA